AUGUUUUUUUCCGCUAUUCCUCAACAAGUGGCAGCAGACACCGCCCAAAUUGACGGCCCAGAUAAAGUCCUACGGGUUUCUGACUACCGAACCUUGGCCUUAUGUUCAAGUGAAGAUGACUCCAUUAUCCGGCAAAAGUACCGGCCAUUCAUUCUUAGCGACGAUACAGCAAAGGACUGGAUCGAUGGUCUCGAGCUUAACACUGCUUUGGACAUUGCAGAGAGUAGCCUUAAGCUCACGAAUGAGAGGGUCAAGGUGCUAGUACUUUAUGGCAGUCUCCGGAAAAGAUCAUAUUCGCGACUGGUGGCAUUUGAAGCUUCGAGGAUCCUUUUCCGACUCGGCUGUGAUGUGCGCGUCUUCGAUCCUGAAGGUCUUCCAAUGAAGAAUGAUAGCGAUCAUGGACAUCCCAAAGUACAAGAACUCCGCGAACUAAGUAAGUGGAGUGAUGGGCACCUCUGGGUUUCACCUGAGCAGCAUGGGAAUCUGACUGCGGUGUUCAAAAACCAGAUUGAUUGGAUUCCUCUAAGCACUGGAAGUGUCCGUCCGACUCAAGGCCGGACGCUUGCUAUUGCGCAGGUGUGUGGUGGAUCGCAAUCGUUUAAUGCUGUGAACUCCUUGCGUAUCCUCGGUCGCUGGAUGCGGAUGUUCACCAUCACCAAUCAGUCUUCGAUUCCGAAGGCUUACACCCAUUUUCCGGAUGAAGGUCAACCGGAGGAUCAACGGCUCAUGCCUAGUGGCAACCGGGAUCGUCUGGUGGAUUGUAUGGAGGAAUUUGUCAAAUAUACAAUCCUAAUGCGGCCCCACAUCGAGCUUUUUGGUGAUCGUUUUAGCGAAAGAGAGGAGAAGAGAUUGAAGGACGCGAAGAGGAAUUCUCAUACAGCUGUAUGA